CAGAAACAAAAGUGCAUCCGCUUCUGUUGCUAAAAUUAUGCUACACAUAAAAAAAUUUUCAGAGCAUGCCAGGUCUUACAAGUUUAACCUUCUUCUGUUACACUGUUUGUCUGUUAAGCUUUAACUGGAAGUUAGCAUUAACAGCCAUUUAAGAAAUCUAACGAUAACCUAAGCUAGUUAGCUGUCUACUCGUAUAAGUUCUGAUAGCAGCUAAGAUAACUGAACGGUCAUCUAACCGGGCUAAUAGCGAGAGUAAACGGUAAAACGCACGAACCAUCUCCUGCAGUUUCUCGGUCCGAACUCAUUCUCAAUGGAUGUCAGCAUUGCUGUAUCACUAAUUCGAGGCCAGAUGGGGACCGUAGUCGAGCGAGCAGUAAAUGGAGCGGUCGAGACUGUGCUGGCCGAGAUGCUUAAAGUGGUCGGAGUCAAAUUUGAGGAGUUAAAGGCUCAAGUGGUGCAGAUGAAGAGGGACAUGAUGACGCUGCAGAGUGAGAAGGCUCAAAAAGAGAAGGAGAACGAUAACAUUCGGGCCAAGCUGCGUUACACGGAGCUGAAGCUAAAGUACUACAGGCAAGGAGUGGAGGAGGAGCUGCAGCAGAGAGCCUCUGCUUCUACCCUAGUCUGGAUUCAGCCACCAACUCUAACACGAACACAGAGAAGCAGAUCUGGCAUUUCCCCAACAAAGACCCUGUCAUCGUUCUCAGUUCAGGCCAGGACUGCUGAGGGAGCGUUGAUGAGGAACAGCAACAUCCCAGAAUGCACCUCACCAAACAGCAUGAACAGGCAAAAAGUCAGAGUGUCCUGCCCUUCAAACGUGGCCCACGCUGACUCAUCUGACCUGCUGCUUCCUGCUUCACUCACUUUGAAUGUGGCUGGAGAAUCUCUGGACAGCAGUACAGUGUUGUUCUGUCCUAGCUCAGACCCAGUUCAGUGUAAGAAAGUUGAAGAGGUGGAUGAGUGUGAAUGGGCCAUUCUGCACUCUAAUACAGAAGGCAUGGAUAGUGUCAUAGCCUCGUCUCCUGCCCCGGCUCCGAAUUUAGAUGAUGGGCAGCAGUCAGGGGAUUCCUCUCUGUCUCCAGAUGGCGCCACCUAUGCAGCUAGCUCCACGCUGCUCUUCUCUGUUCCAGAGGUGAAGCAUGAGGCACAGGAAGAAGAGAAGGAGGUGAUCUAUAUAAAAGAGGAGCCAGAGGAAGAGCAAGAGGUGAUGGCCACCCUGCUGCUUGACUGCCACGAACAGCAGGGUCAUCAGCCAGAGUCAGAGCCUCAACCGUCAGUGACAGAGUGCCCAAGUGCUGCAGGAAGCCAAAGAAAUACUACAGCCUUCAGCUCAGCUGGACGAAGCACCCAUUCAGCACCUCAGUCAGCUGCCAUCUUGCCACCUGGCGUCCCACCUCGCCAAGCCGUGCGACCCUGGGCUAAAGACCUUAGUCUUUAUGAAGAAUACAAAAUGCGGAGGAGUGAGCUUCGUCGCCGAAACAUGACAAAGCGCAGAGAACUGGAGAAAUCGUUACCUCAACCGCUGCUGGCAGAUCUGGUGCGGGAGCGUCGAGAGAAGACCAGACUGAGGGUAGCCAGGUGGAGGGCAAAACGGAAACUCCAGGCCUGCCUUAACCAGAUGCAGGCCUUUGGAGACACUCAAGGUCUUUCUCAGACUGGCUUUGCCAUCAGCAGUCAGCAGCAGCCCAGAUCAGCUUGUGCUUCCACCUCCAGCACUCAGCAGAGACAGAGCUCGGCAUCGAAUAACAUCCCACGGAUGUCUACAUCCACUUCCACCCUGGUUCUGAAAGGCCCCAACAUGGCUCCACAUGAGCACGCUGUGGCACUUUCCUACCCCCAUGGCAACAUCUCUCCACAGAGACUCUCUCUGACAGACACUAUCUUACAGUGAGCUAACACUGCUCCAUUCACAGAACUCAGGUUUAUCUUUACUCGACACGUAAGGAAACCAAGGUUUCGGGUCAGCGUUUGCAGCGUUUGCAGCGUUUGCAGCGUUU